AUGACUUAUCCCUCGCACGGGUGGGAUUCAAUCAAUGAAAUGGAUGAGUUUUUCAGCCCCAUCCACACCUACCAGGUCUGUAAUGUCAUGACCCCCAACCAGAACAACUGGCUACGGACCAACUGGGUUCAACGGGAUGGUGCGCAGCGGGUCUAUGCAGAGAUUAAGUUCACACUGCGGGACUGUAACAGCAUGCCGGGUGUGCUGGGCACCUGCAAGGAGACUUUCAACCUCUACUACCUGGAGUCCGACCGGGACCUGGGCACCAGCACCCGGGAGAGCCAGUUUAUGAAGAUCGACACCAUCGCAGCUGAUGAGAGCUUCACCAACGUGGACCUGGGGGUGAGGCGCCUGAAGCUGAACACGGAGGUGCGGGGUGUGGGGCCACUGAGCAAGAGGGGUUUCUACUUGGCCUUCCAGGACAUAGGUGCUUGCAUCGCCAUCGUUUCGGUGCGGGUAUACUACAAGAAGUGCCCAGCAAUGGUGAGGAACUUGGCGUCCUUCUCCGAGGCUGUGACUGGGGCGGACUCGUCCUCCUUGGUGGAAGUGCGGGGAGAGUGUGUGGGCCAUUCGGAGGAGAGGGACACCCCCAAAAUGUACUGCAGUGCCGAGGGAGAAUGGUUGGUGCCCAUUGGGAAGUGCGUGUGCAGUGCUGGCUACGAAGAGCAGCAGGAUUCCUGCACGGCCUGCCAGCUGGGAUUUUAUAAGUCGGCCCCCGGGGACCAGCUGUGUGCAAAGUGCCCCUUGCACAGCCAUUCGGAGAGCCGGGCGGCCCGCGUGUGCCGCUGCGACAGCAGCUUCUACAGGGCGGUGCAGGACCCCCCCUCGGCCGCCUGCACGCGGCCCCCCUCUGCUCCUGUGAACCUGAUCUCCAGUGUAAAUGGCACUUCGGUGACACUGGAGUGGGGCCCGCCCCUGGACAAGGGGGGACGCGCUGACAUCGUGUACAACGUGGUCUGCAGGCGCUGCGCGGGGGACGCUGGCCAGUGUGAGGCGUGCGGCAGUGGGAUCCGCUUCGUGCCCCAGCAGAUGAGCCUGGUGCAAGGAGCGCUGACGGUGACCAACCUCCUGGCCCACACCAACUACUCCUUUUGGGUGGAGGCCGUCAACGGCGUGUCUGACCUCAGCCUGGAGUCCAGGAGAGCUGCAGUUGCCAACAUCACGACAAACCAGGCAGCCCCAUCCCAGGUGGUGGUGGUCCGCCAGGAGAGCACGGGCCAGAACAGCGUGACUUUGCUGUGGCAAGAGCCAGACCAGCCCAACGGCAUCAUCCUGGAGUACGAGAUCAAGUACUACGAGAAGGACAAGGAAAUGCAGAGCUAUUCGACUCUGAAAUCCAAGGGCACUGCUGCCACCAUCUCUGGGCUUAAGCCUGCAACCCGCUACAUUUUCCAGGUUCGGGCUCGCACCUCUGCUGGCUGUGGGAGGUUCAGUCAGACCGUGGAGGUGGAAACAGGGAAGCCAGUCUCUCUCCGAUACGACACGAUGACGAUUGUCUGGAUCUGCCUGACACUCAUCACUGGCCUCAUCGCAUUGCUGGUGGUCCUAAUCUGCAAGAAGAGGCACUGUGGGUACAGCAAGGCUUUCCAGGACUCCGACGAGGAGAAGAUGCAUUAUCAGAAUGGGCAAGUGAAGUUCCCCGAGUCCAAGUUCUACGUUGACCCCCACACGUACGAGGACCCCUGCCAAGCUGUGCAUGAGUUCACCCGUGAAAUCGAGGCCUCCCGGAUCAAGAUCGAAAAGGUCAUUGGGUCUGGGGAAUCCGGAGAGGUGUGCUAUGGCCGCCUGAAGCUGCCAGGGAAGAGGGAGAUUCCUGUGGCCAUCAAGGCACUGAAAGCAGGCUACACGGAGAAGCAGAGACGGGACUUCCUGAGCGAAGCCAGCAUCAUGGCGCAGUUCGACCACCCCAACGUCAUCCACCUGGAGGGUGUGGUGACCAAGAGCAAAUUGGUAAUGAUUGUUACUGAAUACAUGGAGAACGGCUCGCUAGACACUUUCCUCAGGAAACAUGAUGGGCAGUUCACCAUCAUCCAGCUGGUGGGCAUGUUGCGUGGCAUCGGAGCAGGCAUGAGGUACCUGUCUGACCUGGGCUACGUGCACCGGGACUUGGCUGCCCGCAACAUCCUGGUGAACAGCAACCUGGUCUGCAAAGUGUCUGAUUUUGGCCUCUCACGCAUCCUGGAGGAUGACCCUGAUGCUGCGUACACCACCACGCUGGGGGGGAAGAUCCCUAUUCGCUGGACAGCUCCGGAGGCCAUCGCAUACCGCAAGUUCUCCUCGGCCAGCGAUGUGUGGAGCUACGGCAUUGUCAUGUGGGAGGUGCUGGCCUACGGCGAGCGCCCGUACUGGAACAUGACCAACCGGGAUGUCAUUAACUCGGUGGAGGAAGGCUACCGCCUGCCUGCCCCCAUGGGCUGCCCCACAGCCCUGCACCAGCUCAUGCUGGAUUGCUGGCAGAAGGACCGCAGCGAGAGGCCACGCUUCUCCCAGAUUGUCGGCAUCCUGGACAAGCUGAUCCGCAACCCUGACAACUUGAAGUGCACAGCCACCGUGAACCGGUUCACCCAAACACCCUUCAACAGGGGUCUCCUUGACCUGGCCAGCUGUCCGACAGUGGAGGACUGGCUGAACUCCAUCCGGCUGGGGCACUACCGGGACAACUUUGCCAUGGCAGGGUACUCCUCCCUGGGCAUGGUGAUGCGCAUGAACAUUGAGGAUGUUCGGAGUCUGGGCAUCACCAUGAUGGGCCAUCAGAAGAAGAUCUUGAGCAGCAUCCAGGCCAUGCGGUCCCAGCUGCUGAACACAAAUGGCCCCAGGAGGCAUCUCUGA